AUGUCGUUAUUGACCUUAUCAAACGAUUUAUCCGUACAAGAAGCGUUAUCGGGCAUCUUUGGAAGUAUCAGUUUAGCAACUUGGAUCUUUUUGUUGGUACCACAACUUAUUUUGAACUAUCGGUCACAGAGUGCCGAUGGAGUAUCAUUGGCUUUCUUGUCAGUUUGGUUUAUUGGCGAUGUUGCGAAUCUUGCUGGUGCAAUUUGGGCAGAUCUUGUCCCGACAGUAACUGUUCUCGCCAUCUAUUUCUGCAUUGCGGACUUUGUACUUAUCUCACAAUGUUUAUACUACAACAAAAUCAAUGCUCAGAAACGCCAAGAAACGGAAUCCAUUGCCCCAACUGAGGAAGAUCCUCUUCUGGCCCGUCGACGAAGUAACAGUAAUAUUGGACUUCCAGGAUCGCAUAGAAGACGCUCCUCAGCGAUGAGUGGAAGUCAACGUCAUGAAGAUACCUUGACCAAGAUUUUGGAAGAGGAUGAUUCACCAGAUGCAAAUGCGUGGGUUAAGAAUAUUGUUAGCAUUUUAUUGGUUAUUGCUGCUGGAACAGCUGGAUGGGCUAUUGCUUGGAGAAGUGGUGUCUGGACACCUACACCAGAGAAUGGAGGGGAUGUUCCUAAGACGAACGAAGUUGCUGUUGGCGCAGAGGUACUUGGAUACUUUAGUGCAAUUUGCUACCUUGGCGCUCGAAUUCCUCAAAUCUUGAAGAACUACAAGGAAAAGUCUUGUGACGGUCUCGCACUUCUUUUCUUCCUUCUCUCAUUGAUGGGAAACUUAACAUAUGGUGCUGGUAUUCUCUUCCACUCAUUAGAGAAAGAAUAUCUCAUCAUUAAUACCCCAUGGCUCAUCGGAUCUCUGGGAACGAUUGUUGAAGACGCAGUUAUCUUCCUUCAAUUUAGGAUGUAUGCACCAAAGCCAACUUCAACAACUGCUGUUGAAUAG